AUGCUCGUCAGGAUUGCUGACAAGCAGCCAGAUCCAACCUUCAAGCUUGAUGGCAUCUGCACUGUGGAACCCGAAGGGGGUGCCAUGAGUCCGAGGGAAGAUAGGGAUAUACCAGAACCGUUUGCUUAUUUCCCCUUGACGGGGGGCGAUGCAGCGUCUUGGCCAGUGCCCUACGCCCAAGGCACACCCAUCAAUGUUGACGUGGUUGAUGAUGCGGCAUUUGGAAAGGUGUUCCAAUGCAGUGAGGAGGCAGGCAGUUACAUAGUUUUGGACAAUGUUCCGUAUGGUGAUUCUGGCAGUUUUGCCGUAUCCUUCUGGACAAGGUCUUUGAACAACACCGGAAACACAUUCCAAUACAUCUACUCUCAUGCCGGCUUGAAUGUCAGCGAUAAUCCGUGGAUAAAGAACCAGGUUCAAGUGUAUUUGGCGGAAACGAACCACAGCUCCCGUGGCAUACUGCGCGCAAUUGUCAAAGACAUUGAUGAUGUGGAGGACGGCGAAGAAUCAGAAAUAUACCUGGAUUCUGAUGGAGAUGUUUCCAUCACUCUCAAGGACAAAGCAGAGAUUCAGAAGGAAGCGGCUGUAAAUGCCACGGAUGGCCAAUGGCACAUGGUCACUGUGACAACGCGCACUGAUGGCAAAAAGGGGUUCUCCAUAUUUGUUGAUGGCAUACUGUCGGGAGAGAUGGUCGAGGACGUCACCUACACAGGGGCUGAUGGUGUUAUACGAAGAGCCACUGGCGGAGAUCCAAUGCGAGCAGGCGGGAAUAUCUAUCUCUGUGGGAGACACGAUGGCAACCCAGAACGUCACUAUGAUGGCCUCAUUGCACAUUUGGCUCUGUACGACUCAGGUCUCUCCAGUGAGGAGGUGAAAGACAUUUACAACGGGGUACUCGAAUUGCAUGCAGCACUGAAGACAAUGGCCACAUCAGGUGACUCAGGCCGCAGAAGAUCUCUGCUACAGUCUCCUGGAUCUGCAUCAAGAACACAGGAUACUUUCCAGCCCCUCACGCCACCCUUCCAACCCCGAUUUUCAUUCGGUGCUAUUCCCACAGCUAUCCCUGUUGCUCUCCCACCGGGGAGCGUUCCGAGGGGUUCAUGGCAAGGAGCCGUCACAGGCCAACCAGGAAAGUUCUAUGGACGCUGCAGUGGGGACUACGCACAGGGCAUAGGCAUAUCGAAUGCUCCGGAAUGCCAGGAAGGAUUGACGUGCAUCCCAAUUCUCACCCCCACCUUCCGCGGCGAUUCUGGUGGGCAGUUGGAAAGGGUUGGCGUAUGUGCCAGAUUUCCCAGCGACGGCGCAUACAUCUUCGAUCCCAAGUCGGUGUUGACAAUCCCCAUUGCAUACUUUCCACUUACGAGCACCGACCUAAACUCGUGGCCAUUGCCGGUCUUUUCUGGGAGAGCCCCUAAAAUCAACUUGAUUGAAGAUGAAGUCUUUGGAUCUGCACUGGACUGCCAAAAGAGCAAGCAAGAUGAAGUGAUUCUGGACAACGUAGGCUAUGCUACCAGUGGCCACUUCACUGUGAAUUUGUGGAUUCGGUAUCGCCGGAAAGCCAUUGACGACGAUGCAUCAUAUGAGUUCGUUUUCUCUCACACAGAGCCUGGAGCGCAGGCCUCUGGAAGCGGCGCACAGAUCGAACUCUACAUGCCUGGCCCUGGAAACCCUCAACUGUUGGGGCGCAUUCAGGCUCUUGUUAAAGAUUCUGAUGAUUCAAAUGACGGCGCAUCGCCUGGGAAAGCAGGAACUUCCGAUUUGGAUGCUUCUUCCAAUGGCAGCCUUCUCUCCAAGGAAAAUUCAAGCAGCGUCACAGACGGGAUUUGGCACAUGAUUACCGUCUCCAGCCACGAGGCUGGUACACACGGAUAUCGAUUAUUCGUUGACGGUGUGCUGGUGGGAGAGAAGAAAGGAGAAUCGAAUGUGCCUGGUGGCGAUCCCAUCGACAUUGAAGGGAAAAUUCACCUCUGCGGGCGCUCCGACGGCAACUCUGAUGUGCAUUUCGAUGGCAGUGUAGCCCAUUUGGCGCUGUACAACAAGGCACUGGGGCAGCAGGAGAUACUGGCCCUGUAUGAGGAGUUCGUCCUUGUUUCAAACGGCAUACAAGUAGCCCACCCAACGCGCGCCACGACGACAGGAGAGCCAUGCGUGUUUCCAGGCAUCAGCGGAGGCAAGCUGGUUGUCGACUGCGUUCCUAUCAACGGCGUAUUGAGCUGCCCAGUGAAGGAUGGCACCUGGGUGGAAUGCAAAGCCUUCAACCGGUCAGCCGAGGCUUUUGCAGAGCUGGACAAACCAUCGGUUCCUCAGGGAGUCACUCGGACUGUGACCGGGGAGGUUUGCCGUUUCCCAUCAAAAUUUGGCGGCAAAGAUGUCUACUCUUGUGUGAAAAUCGACGGAAUUCCGAAAUGCAAUGUUGGGAAUGGGCAGUGGAAACGAUGCGCUUCAAAGGGACACAUAAGAUUCACGAAGCAAGGAGCUCGGUGUGUAUUCCCAUUCACGUAUGAAGAGAAAAUAUACGUGGAUUGCGCAGUCAUCAACAGGGUCGAGUCCUGCAUGGUUGCCAAUGGCAACAUUUAUCCGUGCGCUGGCACUUCACUGGGAUCAGAUGGGGCCAGCGUGGGGCCUGAUGAUGUGGACGAUGUUCCACAUCCUGAUGAGGCAAUCACUAGAACUACGAUCGACAGAAAAGCAUGUAUUUUCCCAUUCUGGCAUGAAG